GAUGUUUUUUCCAAGCAAAGUGUUUAUUCUCACAGCAUUUUUCUUAAAAAUUCAAUAAAAUCAGCGCCAAGGGUAAAUAAUGGCUACUUUUUCUCCCAAUAAACUGCGGCAGUGCUCACGGUUCAUGGGCGCACCUUGUACACCAGAAAAGGAGCUGCAGAUGUGCGAUGCGAACAAAAUAAAGUCGUGCGCCAAUCCCACUUACGAAUGCAGCCAGACGCGAAUUGACGGACAUGAGUUUUGCAUUCGCCACAUUCUACGCGAUCCCCGUGCCAACUACCGUCAGUGCACACAUGUGUAUACAAACGGAAGAAAGUGCAUAAACGCGGUGCCCAAAUAUGACAACAAGAAGGAGCAGAUACUGACCACGCUAUGCUUUGAGCACAACCGACAGACGCAGCUGCAGAAGACACACAUAGCCGUGGGUCGUCUCCGGAGUGGCGUCGAGUCCAAUGAGACAUUGCUGAACAGCCUAUCCCAUCACUUGAGCGUGGAGGAUAUCAUGAUCGAGUCUCCGCAGAUAGAGCUCGAUGACGAUUUGAUUGAUGUUGUAUCGCCGCAUGCGGCACCGCUGGUUCAUCAGGAUUAUCGAAACGAAAUAGAGCAAGUUGUAGAAAAGGUGCGACAGCGUCGACGAAUUCUGGAUUAUGCCUCGGACAGUUCCAGCAAUGAUGGAGAUCCGCCAUGUGUUAAGAACACCGGCAAGGAUAUCGACUUGUAUGAAUCGGACCACGAAAGCAACGACUCUGAAGACGAUGAUCCACUAAAGCAUGCCGGCGUUUACACUCGAUCUGAGGCUGUUCGGAUUGCAGAGUCGAAAGUGGAAAAGCUUCAGGGCCUUUACCGCGAGGAGCUGAGCCACUUGCAGCAUGUUCUGAAACAAAGGCGACGACAGUACUUGCACGACAUCCGCCGAGAACGGGAAAUCUACUGCAGCAUCCACGAUCAGCUUAAGGAGACGCCGCACGAGCGCAAGCUCUACGAACAACUAAAGGCGCUCAACAGCUACCAUCGUCGGCAAGGAGUUGAAGCGGUUCUCUACAAAAAAUUCAAAGAGAAGCGAGCACGGGACACGCUCUUUACAACGAAGUCGGCCAACAAUCCCAAGUGCAUUUUUACAGAGGGCGGCGUCAAGUGUGGUGAGCGAACGCUGCCAUGCUGCAAGCACUGCCGCAAGCACAUAUUAGAGGAUAAACGUCAGGUGCUCUUCCGAGCAUGCGGCGUCGAACGAAGCGGUGUUGUGUGCCAGGAGCCGGUAACCAGCAUGCUCGAGGACUCGAACUGUGUGCUGCAUCUGAGCGUGGUGCCGCCCAGGCGUCAGUAUAUACAAAAGAAAUGCGAAUCUGAGACCGAAGACGACGAUGUCCCUACAACAAGUACUUUCAUAACUGAACAUGCAGAUAUAUCUGCAGACAACAGGCUUUCCAGAAGCAUUCGCAAUGUCACCACAGUACACAGAGACGACAGAAAAACGACAGAAAUUCAAAAUCUCAAAAAACAAUCGAGCGCUGCGUAAACCUGUGUGGAAAUUUAAAUUCAAUUCAAUUACUGUAGUAGGCCAAGGAAAAUGUUGUUGCAUAUUACAUGUGUGUCGUACACCCACCAAAUUCGUACAGUUUAUAAUUAUGUUGAUUGAUUGUUCACAAAACUGAUUGAUAAUUA